AUGGACAACGAACAAACGCCAACUGGGACAAAGACCAAUGUGGUUGAGUCAAAGGCGUUGCUCAUUGUUGGCAGUGAUAGCUUUGAGCAUCGUCUCAUAUUCAACUUCACCGAGAAGUACAUUGCCAUUAAGAUGUUGGGUGCCACUGGUCAGCGAUCAAUCAAUUUCACAUCAAUAAUCUUUUAUGAUAUACGCUUAAGCGAUGGAACAUUGACACUUGGAAUGAAGUACUCACCAAAGGACGAGGCUGUGUCAAACCAAUCGUCGAUGCCUCUUGCCAACUUGGACAUGUCAUGUUCAAACAAUUCAAUGUCAUCAAUCAAGCCAACCAUCUACAAGAUGGUGUUCAGUAUCAAUGAAAAGUCCACUAUGACAUUGUUGGAAGACAGUCUAAAGACUUCAAGCGUCCAGGUGUUGAAGACUGAGCAAAGGCAUUUGAUGAUGGCCGAGACUGUCAACAAUGAAACUCUAACAAAGUACAGUCUGGAGCUUAACUUUGACAGGUUGAGCAAGAUUGGUAACAUAUGUCCACUGCUCGUGUUCAUGCAUCGUAUCCUUGUCAAACCACUUCCACAGGACCGUCACACAAAGGAGGAAAUACUACUGGAUGAGCUUAGAGUCAUCACCAUCAAGCCAAAGUCACCCAAUGACUUUGACACCUACAAGGACUACAUCGACCUCCUGGCCAGCUACAAGCUCUACCCAAGGCUAGCACUGUACAUAUUCAUGAUGUUGGACAAUGCAUUUGGCAAGAGUCAUAUACCAACAUACUUAAGUAUCACAUACUGUAUAUUUGGCACACUACAACACAAGUGUACAAAGGGUCUGGCCAUCAAGGGGCUGAAUGCCGACGAGCUAGACCAUGCAACAUUAUGUGUGUUCAUCAAUCGACUAUUAGAUGAUAAGCCAACCGAUCCAAUGGCUUCGGUGGUUCUACUUCAACUUGGACUGCCAAUGGCUGACUUCCAGGGUACAUCAGAGCUCAAGACCAAGUAUAAGGAUACAAUCAAGCGUAUUAUCCAUUACCUCAAAGAUGACGUACUACUUCAAUAUCCAAACUCCAACCAUUACAUCAAUCACAUCAGCCACUUUAUCGACACUCUGGUCAACAACAACUUGGUCAUAGAGUGUUAUGAUGAGGUCACAACACCAUUGGCAAUUGUGAUCAAGGCUCCAAACUUGGCAAGCCACUAUAUUGAUGAUCCCAAAGGAUUGAAGCCAGGAACCAUUGCAUUCAGAGCCAUUUAUCAUACAGUGUUGGUCAGGAAGAAGUAUCAAUUGACUGAUAGGUACGGACAUCGUACUCAUUUCCAACUGCUGGGUGUACCACGAUCAAUCAUUGAUGGACUGCUUGACAAUGCAUUCAUCAUGAAGCUACUUGGCGACUUUAGAGCAGAGUUUUACAAUCAAUUCAACAGUGAAGCCAUCACCAAAUACUUCUCCAUCAUACUAAAGGGAUCAACUCACAAGAGGAUCAAGGAGCUGUUUGCGAUAACACCAAUUCUCACUCUUCCUACAAAGGAGAUCGUGGACCUAAUGAAGCUCUUUGUCAAGGAGAGGAUUGAUCCAAUCCAGGUGAUCUCUACAUUGACCUACAUCUUCAACAGUCCUGGUCUGGUCCAAGCUCAAUCUGAUGCGAUCGUCAAGUAUGGACCAUCAUUUCUCCCAUUGAUCGCUCUCCACUGUCCGGACUAUGUGUUCACUCAGCAGCACCUUGAAAGCAUAUCAAAUGCCACUGAGGUUCAGGUUGACAAUGAUCAAUUUGGGAACAACGACCAAGAUGGAGGAGAAAUGUUUGGAGAGGCACGGAUUGGAACACUUCCAUGA